AGCACAACCCCUCACACCACACCACACAUACCCAACAUACACAAUGGUCAAGCGCAAGGAACUCAAAGACAAUGAUGUCGAGAUGUCGGGGACGGAUCCCCGCGUCGACGGCGACGACUCCGACGAGGUACAUACAUACCAAUACCCCUCCAAGCAAUAUACAAGCCCAGCCAAGCAACAACCUGAAAUACGCAAAAUAGAAUUAACGCAUUGAGUCAGGACAUGGACAUGGUCAACGUCGAUUUCGAAUGGUUCGACCCUCAACCGGCUGUCGACUUCCACGGUCUGAAGAACCUCCUCCGCCAGCUCUUCGACACCGACGCCCAGAUCUUCGACAUGUCCGCUUUGGCCGAUUUGAUCCUCUCGCAACCUCUGCUUGGAUCGACUGUUAAAGUAGAUGGGAAUGAGUCGGAUCCGUAUGCGUUCUUGACUGUGUUGAACCUUCAGGAGCACAAGGACAAACCCGUAAUCAAAGACCUCACAGCCUACCUCCAGCGCAAAGCCAAUGCCGUACCAACACUCGCACCCCUGGCACAACUCCUCUCCCAAACUCCCAUCCCUCCCAUCGGCCUGAUCCUGACUGAACGUCUCAUCAACAUGCCCGCAGAGGUCGUACCGCCUAUGUACACGAUGCUGCAAGAGGAAAUCGAAUGGGCGAUCAAGGACAAGGAGCCUUACAAUUUCUCGCACUAUUUGAUCGUGUCGAAGACGUACGAAGAGGUGGAGUCGAAGCUAGAUGCGGAGGAAUCGCGGCCGCAAAAGAAGAAGAAGAAGGCUGCGGGUGGGGAGAAGGCCGAGCGGUUCCUCUUCCAUCCUGAGGAUGAGGUUCUGGAAAGGCAUGCCGUGUGUGUUGGACCUGUGGAGUAUACGCAUAAGGCGGAGGAGGGACUGUCGGAUGCGAAGCGCGCAUUCCAGGAUUUGGGUAUUGUGACGAAGGGGAGCUUGAUUUUGUUGGAGGCGAGCAAGUUGGAUGGGGCGGUUAAAGAUAUGGCGGAGUACUUUAAGCCAUAGAUAUAAUUUGCCUUUGAUUACGAUGAUUAUAUGUUAUAGACACCCGAAAAAGUUGGUUUGUUCUUUGUUUUUUUUGCCUCUUUGAUCUUUGUCCGUUUCUAUUAUGCCAUCUUGGGUUAAUUCUAUAGAAGUUUCGUCACGACGUCUCGUGUCAUGUUCCGUGUAUAUAGUUUGCAAAAUGGGAGUUGCUAGGUGUUUACACUACUCCCAUUGGGUGCCCUUGAGUCGCUGCAUGAGGUAGUCAACCUCGACGACCUUGGUGAGCGGGAUGACAUAUUCCU